AUGGGUGUCCCAGAUCGCCCUCAAGACGGCCUCGGAACGCCAGACCCUGCGGAUAGAGGUUUCGCCACCUUGAAUACCUUGAGCAUCGGUGUGAAGGUGUUUGUCAACAAGGAUGGAGAGCAAAGGAAAGCAGAGAUUCUUUCAAUAAGGCAGAAGAAAGGAGGUCCUACAUUCUAUGUUCACUAUGUUGACUUCAACAAGCGUCUUGAUGAAUGGAUCCCCGCGUCUAGAAUUGACCUUUCCAAAGAAGUUGAGUGGCCACAGCCCGAGAAACCUGAAAAGAAGAAAAUAUCAGGGGCUGCUGCCGCUGCUGCCGCCACCAAGGCCCAACCAAAAAAUCAUAAGCGUGGACAGCAUGGAAGCAGAGACGUCUCAUCAACUCCGGAUCUUCUAACCGGCAAGAAUCAGAACAUUGCAAAGACCCCCAGGCCUUCGAAAGCAGGCGGCAAGGAAAAUCAGGAAGAUGAAGGCAGUACACCCUUUGAGAUAUCUAUGCUAGGGAGUGAGGCGCCGUCCAUGAGUGGCACACCUCGAGUUCGCGAUGGAGAAUCAGAAGAUGUUGAGAUGACCGAUAUCCAAUCCGAAGUCGAAGCUAAGGCUGCCCUCAAAGAGGAACAAGAUAAGCUUGCUGCCGACACCACUCGGGAAGAUGAGAUUGAAAAGCUCAGAACUGGCGGAAGCAUGACACAAAAUCUAACUGAGAUCCAUCGUGUACGGAACUUAAGUAAGAUCCAGAUGGGUAAGUUCGAGAUCGAGCCGUGGUAUUUUUCGCCUUAUCCCACGUCCUUUAGUGAUGCCGAUAUGAUAUACAUCGACGAAUUCUGCCUCAGCUAUUUUGAUGAUGAGCGUGCAUUUCACAGGCAUCGAAGCAAAUGCUCUCUUCUACACCCACCAGGAAACGAGAUAUAUCGAGAUGACUAUGUAUCUUUUUUCGAAGUUGAUGGCAGGCGGCAACGAACAUGGUGCAGAAAUCUCUGCCUGCUCAGUAAGCUAUUUCUAGACCACAAAACGCUAUAUUACGAUGUGGACCCGUUCCUAUUCUAUUGUAUGACUACACGUGAUGCAAACGGAUGUCAUCUAGUCGGAUAUUUCUCUAAGGAAAAGGAGUCCGCAGAAGGAUACAACGUUGCGUGUAUCCUAACAUUACCUCAAUAUCAACGUCGUGGGUUUGGUCGACUUCUUAUUGCUUUCAGCUAUGAACUUAGCAAGCGAGAAGGGAAACUCGGGUCUCCUGAAAAACCUCUUAGUGACUUGGGCUUACUGAGUUACCGGCAAUAUUGGAGAGAAACACUUGUUGAACUCCUAGUUGAGCCUGGCCGAGAUGCAAUUAGCGAGAGUGAACUAGCUACUCUGAGUGCCAUGACUGAAAAGGAUUUUUCAAUGCUUCCAGUAGGACAUGGAACUGGUAAUGGGGUUCAAGCAUGGGACUAG